ACGACAGAAAUUACGCAAUUUCCUUUUUACUCGUAGCACCAGCGGCGAAGCUAAUAUUUUAGCCACGAGAAUGAGUUUGUUUUUGCCCAAAUUAACUUGCAAAAAAGACAUAGAUGAAGUUAUCAAAGGCGUCGCGGAAAAGGUCGUGGUUUUGAGGUUUGGCAGAGACGAAGACUCGGUUUGUCUGCAGAUCGAUGAAAUUCUGUCAAAAACUGCGCACGACUUGAGCAACAUGGCUUCCAUCUACAUCGUGGACGUGGAUAAAGCUCCCAUCUACACACGAUAUUUUGACAUCAGUUACAUCCCCUCCACUGUUUUCUUCUUCAACGGGCAGCACAUGAAAGUGGAUUAUGGUUCUCCAGAUCACACCAAGUUCGUCGGCAGCUUCAAGACCAAGCAAGAUUUCAAGGACCUUAUCGAAGUGAUCUACAGAGGAGCCAUGCGAGGGAAAAUGAUUGUUCAGAGUCCAAUAGAUCCGCAAAAUAUUCCCAAAUAUGAUCUUCUCUACCACGGGAUUUAGAGCCAACACUACUACUAUUUAAGAGAAAUAGCUUUGACUUUCCGCCACUAAGCAACACUGUUUUCAAGGCUGAUGUGUUUCAGGGUGAGUGACUUGUAAAUGUUUUUUUUAUUUUCUUGAGAGAGUGAAUUACAGACAUUGGCCUUUACUCCCUCUGGUUUUUAUUUGUUUGUCCCUUUGCAUGCAAAUGACAUUGAACAAUAUAAAUAACACAAGAUGCAAACCUGCAGCAAAAGUGGUUUUGCAAAUGAUUCAUAAGGAAGGACGUGUAUAGAAUCAGACCUCAGGUAUUUAAACACUUGGUCCUUCCUGUUUACACAGAGUAUUAACAACCAAACAACUGUAAAGGUAUGUUAACCAAGGUUUCACAGUGUUGCGCAGAAGUUUCACAGGUUGUGUGUUUUGCAAUUUUGACCGUGGAGUUACACAUGUCAUAUGUUUCGAUAGUUAUGACUUUUGACUAACAAAGUUUUUUGUUUUCUUAUGAAAAUGUCUUGUGCCAUUUUGAUGUUUCCCAUGGAAAACAGUUGUAGACAGCAGAGAGAUGCUACUUAAUUUAUCCGGUGAACAUGCUUUGCUGUUAAUAUAAUAAAAUUUGAUCCACAAACUUUC